GCAGGCUAUUCUCAAGUUUGGCCAUCCUGUGCGUUCAGAAAAGCAAGGUCCUAGAUGGCAGAAUUGCCCAGGCUUCACAAGCUGGCACCACUGGGACCGAGAGGUCUGUCAGUGAUUGGCGGUAAUAAGUGCGUUUAACGAAUACCUGCAGUCUGAGGAUGAGUGUGUGCAGUUCAACGCGCUCUGAUGGGGAGCCCACGGACGAGCUGGAGUCGGUCAGCUGGUAUCAUUAUGACCUCACGCGCCACGCCACUGAAGCACUGUUGUUGUCCAAUGGGGUUGAUGGCAGCUUUCUUCUGAGGAGCAGCCAGAAGGGGCCUGAUUGCUUCGCCCUCUCUGUCAGAGCAAAGGACUCAGUGAGGCAUUUCCAUGUGAGACGAAUCUGUGGGCGAUACUCCUUUGGCUUCAAUGAGUUCCCGUCCUUGCUGGAGUUCACCAGCCAUAUGGCCAACCAGCCGCUCUUGGGCAGUGAGUCAGGGAACCUUAUAGUUCUCAAGCACCCAUACCCCCGUGAGGUGGAGGAGCCGUCCAUCUAUGAAUCUGUGUCUGUGCACACAGCCGUGCAAUCUGGCCGCAGACACUCGGACCUGGUGCCUACCGCUCCGGCUCUUGGCACCAAGGAGGGCUACCUGGUGAAGCAGGGUGCUAUUAUUAAGAGCUGGAAACAACGCUGGUUCACACUAAGCAGAAAUGAACUGAAGUACUUUAAGGAUAAAAUGUUUGAAGAGCCGAUUCGGACACUAGAUCUAACAGCAUGUUCCGCAGUCCAGUUUGACUAUAGUCAAGAAAGGGUUAAUUGUUUUUGUCUGGUGUUUCCUGAGCGCACGUUCUACCUGUGUGCCCGCACUGGAGCCGAGGCUGAUGAGUGGAUAAAGAUCCUGCGCUGGAAGCUAUCCCAGAUCAGAAAAGGCAGGUGAUGGACAGAAGGAGAAGAAAUUGAAUAACAAGCAGCCUGCCACUGAACGAGCAAACAGUUAAACCUCAAAGGCUCAAGUUCGGUGUCACAUGCAUUGAGGAAUGUGCACUGAACCAUACCAUGUGUUCCUGCGACAAGCUGAAGGGACCCGUCGAGGUGGAUUCCAUUACAUCAUGGCUCCUGGUAUUUUCUCACCAGUCACUUCCUGGAGAGAAAAUGUCACAGGCCAUUAGUGGAAAUAUGCAGUCAUGUCAAUCAUGAAAACACAAACAGUGGAAGAUCCACUUCUUCACUACCUGAGUUUUUAAACCAUGAGCCCAUGAAAGAGCAUGAAACACUACAAAUGCGGUUUUAAUGGAGCAUGAAUAGACUUGUUCUUUGUGUAAAUGUGAAAAGGAAAACCAUUUCUUUAGUUGGAGCCAUUAAACCACUGGGCACUGUAGGCGUCUGGAGAAAUUAUUUGUCUGUAAAUUACUUACAACCACAGUUGUUGUGAGAAGGGCUUUGAACUGAUAGUGUCCUUGUAUUCAAUAUUGGGAUCAAGACUGAGAUGGGCUCAUGUCAAGUGUUUGUACAACCCCAAAUCAGAAAAGGUUGGGACGUAUAAAAUGUGAAUAAAAACAGAAUGUAAUCAUUUUCAAAUCUCCUAAACUCAUAUUUAGAAGCAGAAAGGA